GUAGCUUCAGUAAGAAGAAAAUUUUCACGGCUUAUUUCAGUUUUCCAUGGCGCGCGUCUCGUAACUAACGUUUAAUCAUGAUCAAAUUACAAAUACUUUCCAUAAUAUUAACAUUUUCGGGGACUUUAAGCGAAAUAAUAAAUGUAACGAGAUUGCCAGAAAAACAAUUAUUUUUAAGCAAGAGAGUGGUAACAGAGAUUCAAGAAUUUGAUGGUGGCAUACUGGUUGAUGAAAAUGGAAAAAUUGAAGCAAUACUUACUCGCCAGUCCGUUAAUAUUAUUCUCUCGAGUGAUCCUAUGAAUUACCAGAUUGUAGAUGGAGGUAAGCUAGCUUUGAUGGCGGGUGUGGUGGAUUCUCAUGUACACGUGAAUGAACCUGGGCGCACGUCGUGGGAGGGCUACGUGACAGCCACGCAGGCCGCGGCGGCGGGCGGCGUCACCACCAUCAUUGAUAUGCCUUUAAAUUCUAUUCCACCGACUACUACUUUGAAUAAUUUAAAAACAAAGGCUUCUGUAGCUAAAGAAGAAGUUUUUGUGGAUGUUGGUUUCUGGGGUGGUGUCAUCCCAGGUAACGAGAUAGAGUUGCGCGAUAUGAUCAAAGCGGGUGUGGUAGGAUUCAAAGCUUUUUUAAUUGACAGUGGAGUACCAGAAUUUCCUAAUAUUAAUAAUGAUCAACUCAAAAAAGUAUUUGCGGUGCUCAACGGUACAGGGACAGUUUUGGCGUUCCAUGCAGAGACAGAUGUAGGAAUAAGCACAAAAUGUAACAAUAGCAAGAAUAGCAGUUGUCCAGAUCCAGUUCUGUAUCAUACAUAUUUACAGUCACGGCCAGAUGAGAUGGAACUUGAAGCUGUAUCGUCGAUUGCAUCGACACUAACCAAUACCGAUGUCCACGUUCACAUAGUCCACGUGUCUGCUGAAGGCGUAGUGCCAGUGUUGGAGAAGGCCCGGGCGGAGCGCCUGGCGGCCGGCCACCGGGGCUGGCGCGGCGGCAUCACUGCAGAGACCUGUCACCACUACCUGACUCUUAGCGCUGAGGAGGUCCCGCCCGGACACUCUGAGUUCAAAUGCUCACCACCUAUUAGAAACCUUACCAAUAAGGAAAAACUUUGGGAGUAUAUCAGAGAUGAAAGAUUGGAUCUAGUCACUUCAGACCAUUCCCCUAGUAUCGAAGGAUUGAAAGGUGAAAAUUUUAUGACGGCUUGGGGAGGCAUUUCUUCUGUUCAGUUCGAUCUUCCACUAUUUUGGACACAAGCAAAGGCGCGUGGUUUCAGUUUGAGUACAGUCAGCCACUAUUUAUCGGCGGGGCCGGCGCGACUGUGUGGGCUGCAGGAGAGGAAGGGAUCCAUCCGACUCGGACUCGAUGCUGAUCUCGUUUUCUUCGACCCCAAUGCCUCAUUCAUUAUCACGCCACAGAAAAUACGAUACAAAAACAAGAUAAGCCCUUAUAUGAACAGGGUAUUGACCGGUAAAGUGAUGGCCACUUAUGUCAGAGGCCAACUCGUUUAUGCUGACGAACAAAUUAUCGGAAGACCUAAAGGAAAACUGCUGUUAAACUAUGAAAACAAUACUGUAGAAAGCAUUGAUGCACCAGAAAAAAAUACACAUAAAGUUGAACUUUUAAAACCUGUAGAAGAGGAAAGUAUGAUCAAGGCAGUGGCAAUAGGGAACAAAACCUUGGAGAGGGAAUUACCUUCAGCGCGGAAACAAGAAUCAUCGGCGAAUCUACAAGGCUCUGGACAAAUGAAAGAAGGGCUCAAAGUAAAUAGUACAUCUCUAGUACAAAAUAAUAUCUCGCAUAUUAUUAUCAUUAUGCUACUGUUUUCACUUAAUUUCUUUUACGAGUUCUUUUAAGUUAAUAGAAUUGUAAAAACACAUUUCUUUUCACAUCUUUUUUUAUAAAUGUACCAUAACAUUAGUGGGAAGUGUGUAAAAUACCUAUAAGUAGAAAUUUAAAACGCUAAUGAGAGUGAGUCUCACAGUUUUUGUUUUUCAUUAUAAUU